AUGGCAACAGUAAAUGAAUUAAAUAUAUGUUCAACAUGUAAUAAAUCUGCAGCUAAAUAUUUUUGUAUUGGAUGUAAGAAAUAUUUUUGUCUAAAGGAUUUCAAAGAACAUGAACAACAAUUAUCAAUAAAAUUUGAUAAUGAAGUUGUAAGAUCACAUGAUGAACUUAUUGAUCAAAUACAAAAAUUAGAAAAAUCACAUUACUUAUCAGCAAAUCUUUUUAAUCAAAUUGAAGAAUGGAAAAAAGUAACCAUAGAAAAAGUUGAAAAAGCAGCAGAAAAAGCUGAACAUCAACUUAUUGAAUUAAUUACUAAACAAAAAAUACAAAUAACAAAACAACUUGAUACAAUUGCAAAAGAAAUUCGUUAUCAUCAACAAGAAGAAAAUUUUCUUGAAAAUGAUAUUGAUCAACUUAAAUUAAAAAUUAAUAAAAUACAAAAAACAUUUGAACAACUUAUUCAAAAAGAUAAAACUAAAGCCAUAAUUAUUCAUAAUGAUCAAAUUGAUUGGAAUAAAAUUAUAUAUAUACGAGCAGAACAAUUAAACUGUGAACUUUUACGCAGUGCUAAUGUCAAUGCAAAUGCCAAAUGGAUACAAAAUGGAAUUACUAUAGCUGGAGGAAAUGGACAAGGUGAUGCAAUCAAUCAACUAUCCUAUCCUCAUGGUUUGUGUGUUGAUGAUGAUGAAAAUAUCUACAUCGCCGACUGCUCGAAUCAUCGUAUUGUGGAAUGGAAAUGUGGUUCGACAAUUGGUCGAAUUGUAGCCGGUGGAAAUGGCAAAGGAAAUCGUUCUGAUCAGUUGAAUUCUCCAACAGAUGUGAUUAUUGAUAAAGACAAAAAUAGUCUUAUCAUUUGUGAUUUUGGCAAUAAAAGAGUAGUUCGAUGGUCUUGUCAACAUGGUACGAAUGGAGAAACAAUCAUCUCAAAUGUUGGAUGUUGGGGAUUGACAAUGGACGGUGAUGGAUCUCUCUAUAUUGUCGAUCAAGAUAAAUAUGAAGUUAGACGAUAUCGAAUAGGAGAAAACCAAGGAAUAAUAGUUGCAGGUGGAAAUGGAGAAGGGAAUCGUCUCGAUCAGUUAUCUUGUCCCACAUAUAUAUUUGUCGAUCGAGAUCAUUCAUUGUAUGUAUCAGAUUACAAUAAUCAUCGUGUUAUGAAAUGGAUGAAAGGUGAGAAACAAGGCAUUAUUGUAGCUAGUGAUCAAGAUCAAAAAAUUAAUCGUACACAAUUAUCGCAUCCUAUGGGAAUCAUCAUGAAUCAAUCAGGUACUCUAUAUGUGACAGAUUAUGUGAAUUAUCGAAUUAUGCGUUGGUCUCAAGGAGCCACACAAGGAAAUGUUAUCAUUGGUGGAAAUGGUCGACUCUCGUCUUCCAUCGGUUUGUCAUUUGAUCGAGAGGGUAAUCUCUAUGUGUGUGAAAAUGGAAAUCAUAGAGUACAAAAGUUCAACAUUGAUCAAAAUUAA